AUGUCCGGAAUGACCACGUCCCUUCUUCCCCAUGGCCCUCAUGGCCUUCUCGACGAGCCCAUCUUGGAAGUCUAUGCCCACCCUCAGGGUCAACGAUGUUAUUUGCCCAUGCCCGUGGUGUGUGACGAAAAUGCGGAUUGCUGCACAAUCACCUCUUCGCUCUACAUAAGAUAUCGGCUGGACUUGACCUCGCAUCGGGUCGAGGACAGCCAUUCAUGCCGUCACGCGUCGUGCUGCGCCAGAGUGGAAUUGACCCUCAACCGAGACUGCAUCACGUAUAUGCUUGCUUUCUGUGUCCUCAAAGGCAGCGAGAUGCUCGCCGUCAUGACUGGAAGAGAAGACUGCUGGUCACAACCUCCUCCGAGAACCAAAGACAUGGCCGCCCUAGUCAUGUUACGGUCCGAAGAAGAAGGAGAAAAGAUCCGACAGAACCAGGUGCUGGGGGAGGUGAUAAUGCAGGCAGAAUGCGAAGAGGAGAACAUGCUCAUAGCCAGAGAGUAUCAGCAAAUCACGGAGAGAGACCGAGCUCGACGAGAACAGCAACAGCAACAGCAGCAGCAACAAACUCAGCAGGCUCAGCCACAGGCUGGACAGUAG